AUGGGCAAAGGGGUAAGGGACUCUAGCUGUUGCAGUUAUAGCCUGUUUGCCACCCAUUGUGUUGCCCUAUUGGAAGAUAUGGUGAUUACUGUAGCAGAUGGGAUUGCAAGUAUGUAUUUGGAGCUUAUUUCUGUUGAUGGUAACAUGUCAGAUGAAAUGGCUUCCCUUGGUUUGAUGCUGUGUUCUUUAUCAACAAGGGAACUUCAGAAGUUACGCAAUGAGGUGGCAUUGAACCAGUGGUUGCAUCAGAACAUUGAUGCAGUUGUUUCAAUGUACGGGGAUCGCUUUGACCUGCACACACUUCAGAGCCAACCAAUUGAUGAGCCAAUAAAGAGUCAGAAUGAAAAACUUAAUUGGUGGAAGAAGCUCACUCUGAGGAAAUCAAGUUCUGUUUCAUCACGAUUACAUCAUGUUGCAAUACACUUCAGUUCUGUAACUGUUAAGCGGACCAAAGAGUUAAGGGCUUUGACUGGAUGGAGGUACUACUUCAGCCUCUUUCUCGAGUUAUCUGACAUUAUGAUGCCGUUUAUUAAAACCCUUGUUUCUAAAGUUAGCGAUGCCAUUUCAUUUUUUCUGGUUUGCUUAAUUGGGCGGUCACUAGGUCUUAUUUACACUGGCAUAAGGCAGUCCCUUCGAUGGAAGUGA